CACCCCCGUUUGGAGGAGGGAGCGAACCAGGCCGUCAGGCUGUAAGAGACACCAGCACGUGCUCGCUCCGCCGCCUCGUGUCCUGCCCAAGCUGGCCGAUGGCGGCCGCGGCGCCGGUGUACCGGCGGGUGCUCAAGGCGGUGCAGAAGCACGUCGGCGGGGGCGCUUCCAAGCAGCACUUCCGGGACUUCGUCGCCGCCGAGUUCCGCGCCCCCGCCGGCACGGAGGCCGACGCCAGGGCGAGGCUGCGGCUCGCCGGGGACUACGCCUACCUCCUCACCAGCGUUCAUCACCACAAGGACCUGCUAUUCUCAUACAACAUUGCUGUGGACCGAUCUGAUGAAAUGAAGAAGAUAUUGAACAAAUCUGCUGCCAGUGUAGGCCUUCAACUUCCAGAUGUCUACCAGCCUUGAGGGCUUCUUUUGUGCACUUGUUGCAGAUGGAGCAGUGCGAGGAUCGUGGUGGGCGGUACCGCAGACAGGUCUCGCAAAACUUCACCUUCACUGCGAAGCCAUUCACAAUGACAUCCUUGGCCCGGCGAAACCUCAUCUGUGGGGUUCUCCCAUCGCUCCAGUCCAUGGAUGGUGUGUUGGAGCCAAGCAGUAAUUCAUCAGCUUCAGGUGGUGUUCUUGUGUUCCUUGGCACUAUUCCUGGGUCUCUUGCAGAUGUCAUGAAGAGGAAGACCAGGUCCUGCAUUUGAGGCCAAGUUGAACCAGAUUAUUUCUGCUUUAGGCUAUUGUGGCAAUUGGUAUGUUUAAUCUUGAAGAAAUGUUUGGUCACAGAUUCAGAUAUCAAGUCUGAUAUCAUUCUGGAAUCCAUGAUAGUUGCUGGGGACGACAAUUGACAAAGAUGGUCCUAAAAACUACUAUCCUAUGCUGUAGUAGCAACUUGAUGGCAGCAUGGAUACUGACCAUAAUCGUGGUGAUGAUGACUAUCAACAACGCUGCUCGAUGCAUAUGCUGUUGGCCAGUACUACUAGAGCGGUGGAAUUUGGAUUCCAUCUGGUAGCAGAAGAUGAUGGUCGGGGCGAUGAUGAGGAAGGUCGUGAGCAGCAGGGAUGCGGCAUCUGGUCCGAAUAUCAGCCGGCCACCGCACAGGAAUAUCUGCAGAUUGAGGAAGCUGUUUUGUCAGUAAAUUCUGCUCAGUUGGUGGCAAAUCAUAUGAAGUUUGUAGAGCAGGCAAUCUAUCAAAGGAGAGAAGAAGAAAGGAGAAUUGAACAGUCGUGCAUACGUUGUGUCCCUUCCAGGCUUGGUACAGCCUCCUGGGUUUGGCCUCCAGCUGCUGCGGUGGUUCAUCUUCAGGCUCUGGUUUCAUGACGAUUCGCCGCUGUUGUGUGAAGUUCGGCUUCUCUCACAAGUCAUGGCAUGGUGAUGAGAAGGAAAUGUGUGUCUGCUUUGCUUUCAACGGAUGGCCAGAGCAGAAGCAUUGUUGUUGCCGUAGGAAGGAGUACGGAUAAUUCAUAAUUGGCGCGCUUGCUGUACUGCGUGCCAAUAACUGGAUUACCUUUUUUAAUUUAAGGAGUUCCCAAGGACGGAACAAGGGAUGCCCUGUGCUGUGAGCAUACAGGCAUAGGAGUUAGGCUGCUUCAUUUUGUCCUGUCCCGUCCAGCUCUCUUGUGUUAGGUUGCGUGUAACUUGGUUGACAAACGCCAGUCUAGUCCUGCGCUCCUGCCGCGAUCCCCGUUGGAAAUGGAAGCUGGUUUGCCAAUUCACACAGACAAGUGCACGCCGGCCAAAAGGUAAGAACUGAGGGCAGGGCUCUCUGCUCUCUCUCGAGUGGCAGUUAGUAACUGUAAACUACAGAUACACUUGUUUGGUUGGCUGGAAUUGUCCUGGUACCGUAUAGUUAUAGUAUAAUAAUGUUAGGAUGUGGCUAAUUUACAGCCGGCCGUAAAUUAGGCCGGCCGUAUGGCCCCUCCUUUUUUUGGAAAAAAGACAAAUUAUGUUGGAUGUGGCUAAUUUACAGCCGGCCGUAAAUUAGGCCGGCCGUACGGCCCCUCCUUUUUGGAAAAAAGACAAAUUAUGUACGGACACUUUUCCUUUUCUAGUAAAAAGCUGUAAUCAAUCAAUUACAAUAGAAGUUGAUGAUGUGCUGUA